AUGCUCAAACUUGACGACGGUUUUUCGCCAGAGACAUCCGCGAAGCCAACCGGGAACGAAAGUCUUGUGGAACGCUGGAUCCUACACAAGCUCAACAUAGCUGCGACGCAGAUCAACACGCAGCUCCUCGAACGCAAUUUCAUGGCUGCGACUACGUCAGCAUAUAAUUUCUGGUUAUAUGAGCUCUGCGAUGUCUACAUUGUGGAUACUUCGAAUUUGAAUGAGUUGGUCGAAAAAACGGAGGCAUUGGAAAAGAAGAUAUCAAAGCUAGAAAAGGCAAUAGAAAAACUCAAGGAUAGUGAGACGUCGCAGGAGAUCACGAUGAUGACAUGGCAGACCGCAGAUGUUGCGUUCAAUGCUAUCGCAGAUUUUGCAUGGAGCCAUCUGUCAGAUGCAGUCAAGGCUAACCUUGAAACACUCGAAAUAUUUGACUUUUCCGAUCUCGUUUACUUCAAUUCGCGCCCCCGCCGCUUCAAUUCUAAAUCCACUCUUGCCGCCAAAUCCGCGUACCGCACCAUCCAUGAAGACGUACGCCUGGUAUAUGUAUCAGUGUCAGAACUCAAGAAGCGCACCAAGGAAGAGAGACACGAGGUGUUCCACGCUGUUAUCACAGCGGAACACCUCGAAGAAUUUAUGAAAAAGUUGCAUUUUGUGUGUUCCGGAUCCGAACAUCCCGUCUUUGAUCAUAUUCGUACAUGUUUGCUAGCUUAUACUUAUACUGUUCAGAACUCUCAGCUCAGGGCUCAAAUGUCACAAUAA